AUGGACAGAAUGACGUCAUUUGUUGCGACGCCUACGCAACGCGCUUUCGUCGGAAAGCGCAAUAAAAUGACGGCAGCUGAUGUCCGAAAACAUGUAAUGACUGGCAGUUUGAUGAUGUUACAUCCAGGAACGCUGGACGUUGCUUUUCCGGACGGCUCAUCCACCCAGACGCUGAGCCUGGUGGAUGUUGUGGACCCUGUUGAUGUUGAAGAGGCUUUCGCCCAACGUCGUACUUCUGCUCUCUACGACAUCUCGUCCACAACAAGUAGCCCAAGGAAAGUCAGCGAAUUUCCCGCAGACGAUGUUGAAGUGCGUAUAGUGCCCCGUGACUGGGCAACGGUAGAUCCACCAGUGCCCUUGGAGACUAAGGACUUGAAGAUCGCGCCUCAUGUUCGAGAUAUCAUUUGCUCCUUCACAGAUCAGUUUUCGUUGGUGCAAAAAAGAGUCAGCGAAUUUCCCGCAGACGAUGUUGAAGUGCGUAUAGUGCCCCGUGACUGGGCAACGGUAGAUCCACCAGUGCCCUUGGAGACUAAGGACUUGAAGAUCGCGCCUCAUGUUCGAGAUAUCAUUUGCUCCUUCACAGAUCAGUUUUCGUUGGUGCAAAAAAGGUAUCAGCAGUUUAGUUCCGCUGAUGCAUACGUCCGUAUGCUGAUUGAGCGACCAAUCAUCGUCCGUUCAACCCCUCGUCCCAUUUUUGAAGCUGACGCUGGUCGUGCUGAACGAGUUGCAAGAAGCGUUAGCGUCGUGGGAGAUUCGGUGAGGGUUGCAUACUUCUUUGUUUCAUGCUCGAAACAUCUGCCUCGUUAUUCAUUAUUUGCUGCUGUAAUGGUUGACUCGAAGCGGCAGUCGUAUGCUUCCACAGCGUCUUCUGGUACAAUGGGUUCUGCAGAAGGGGACUCACGCGAAUCUCGUCUUCAUCAAAGUCAGCCGGACCCAACUAUUCCAGGAGUAAUUCAACGGUCCAGUUUCACUCAGCUUGAUCUGCUGAGUGAUGCACGGCGACAAGCAGCUAUUUAUGAUGCGAAAGCUCGGCGAAAAGUAACUGAAAACUUUUAUUUCGAUGUAAACCCAGAGGAAAUACGGCGGAUGGUCGACAAGAACAUUUCCUUUGCGGAGGCCACCGAUAGAUGCAGUCAAGCGGCCUUCAGUCUAUCGUGUCCUUUAACGGAUCUUUUCAUCGUGAUCAAGCUCGAGAAGGUAUUGCAAGCGUGCGAGAUCAUUGACGCGUCAGAGCCGUACACAAAUUGCGCAGCUCGCGAUGAAAGAACGCGGGAAAAGUUGGCUGCAGCUGCAGCAGACUUUUGUGAUAGGCUAGGCUCAUUCCGAAUGCCUCUCGGAUUCAUGGUCCUCGAUCUACAGAAGGUGCUAAUGGGUGUGAACACACUGGAACGGUCGGAGAUGUGUAUGUCGACAAUGACUACGGGAUCUGUUGGCACCGCAGCAGGCGAGGCAAUGGCCCCGUUAGCAUGUAUCGCUGCAGAAACUGAUAGCAUAGUCAGUGCUGACCGAAUGUCAAAUACUUCCACAUCGACGUUUCGACGAAUGGGAAGUGGGUCAUCGGCGGCUGCAGUGCUUAGUCGCGUGCGCACUCCACUUCAGCGGCGCAAAUUUUUGGGAGGAGGAGGAGGCAGUGACGAUGCCACCACUCCUGAUGGUUCUUCUGCAGGAAAAUCUAUAGAGUUGAACUUGGCUAAUCUUCAGCCUGUCACUCUUAACCUGAAUUCGUUCUUUCGACAGGAGGCUGAUAGGUUAAGUGACGAGGAUUUGUACAAGUUGUUAGCUGACGCUCGACGUCCCGGCGGAAAGCUGUCGCGUUUGAAAACGUUCGCGGUUGAUAUGGGAUUACAACUGUCUGGAGGGACUGGUGAAGAGCUCUUGAUGCGGCUCAGUCCGGAAAUGUUGCGUGUUGCCCCCUUCAGUGGAGGACCCGGCACUGAGCUCACUAAAGACAUCCAAGAGUUCCCCGCGAAAGGCUUCUACAUGGCCAAUACAAGUUAUCGGAACUUGAUGUACAUAUACCCUAAAUCGGCUAACCUCACAAAUCGACCUGGUACAGCACGGAAUAUCUCAAUCAAGGUGGAACUGAUGAACGCGCAAGAACAACCUUUACGAGUAUUAUACUCCAGGGGUGCAGGUUCAGAUAUGGUAUCGGUGGCGAGGACUGCUGUUAUUUAUCACAACAAAACGCCUCACAUCACAGAUGAGAUUAAACUUCGAAUACCGGUGGAUUUGGAUGACGGGCAUCAUUUAUUGUUUACUUUCUAUCACAUAUCUUGUAAAUCGAACAACAAGGACGAAGAAACUGAAUAUCCGAUCGGAUACAGUUGGCUGCCCCUUCUAAGAGACAGUCGAUUGUCAACGGGAGACUUCAACCUUCCAAUAUGUCUCGAUCGUCUUCCCUCUAGUUAUGGGUACCUCUCUCCGGAUGUCGCUCUUCCGAAUGUUCGGUGGCUUGACGGCCAUAAGCCUGUCUUCAAUGUAACCAUCAAAGCCAUAAGUACCGUUCACCCUCAGGAUGAACAUUUGGAAAGGUUUCUCGUUGCCGUAAAUUCUCUGUCAUCUACAGAUAGAAGGAAGCCGCCGGCAAGUGAAAUAGCGCUGAUUACAGCUGCACAGCCCACCAGAGCUUUUUUUCCAGAUGCAUUAUCAAGCGCAUGUUUCGAGACAUUGGGACAGCUGGUGAAAAUCUGUACCAUGUUGUUAGACUCAUGCUUAGAUAUGCACGGUCGGAGUGCGCUUCUGACAUCUUAUGUGCACUACUACAAAAUAGCCAUGAAAGAAGACGUUGAGAAAUUAAGUGCGCACCACCAGCGCGUUCCAGUUGACGCGGUGCCCAGCACGUCCAAUAAGGCAGUGCAUGAAGAAUUAGCCGAGCAGUGGGUCCGUAGUGGCGGUUGUGCCAGGGAAAUGGCGUUUCUGAACGCUUGGUUCUUUCUGGAGUUAAUGGGAUGCGUUUUCGCUUCAUGGAUCGUAGCUACGUCAUGGGUCUCGUUCGAGAUUUCAACAGAGAUAUUUCACACAGGAAUAAGGUCAACAACUACGACAUUAGAUUCAUGGGGAUCGUUAGGAUCGGGCGAGCUGUCAUAUGAGUUUCGCCGUUGUCAUUAUCUUGUUGGACUCGCUUUAGCUGAUCUCGCUGCUGUUCUAGAUUCCUCGAAUAGUUCGGUGUUACAUGCAAGGCGAGCAAAGGCUAUUGGUCUCAUACAUAAUCUCCUAUCAUCUCAUGAAGCUGACAGCCGACUGACAGAUCCAACUAUACGAGCUCGAGUUGCUGGCCUUUACUUACCCUUAGUAACUAUUGUUCUUGAUGUAGCCGGGCAGAUCCACGAUCCCUUCGCAAACUCUCCAACUGGUACAAGCCGUUUCUCAAGGGAGGAUAGGAAUGGCAAUUCCACUUCACCAGGAGUGAAUCCGAAAGUCGCUCUUGCUAUAGCUGGUAUCGGUUCUGCACCUUCCCCACCUCGAACACCGACAGAGAUGAACAACAACAGGCCGGAGAAGAACAAAGCUAUGCUAAAUCUCGAGUUGUCGAGACAGUCGCAUGCGGAGAAUGGUCAUGAUCUCGAUGAAACUCUCACGGAAUGUGUCGUAACACGCCGUGAUGGAGUCAGAUGGAGAAUAGGACCACCGUCAUCUGGGGAAGCUGAUUCACGCAGGACGAGUUCACUCUUAUAUGAGGAUGAGGCCUUGUUGGAAGCGGCGCUAUGUACAGAGGUAAUGCUGUGCGUGCUGGAUACAUUGGAGACCAUUAUCCGAGUGAUUUCAAUGCCAGGCAGUGAUCAUUUGCAUUUUGCUCUACCAAUGAUAUUACGAGGAAUAUUGCACAUGUUAUCCUGCAAUCAGUCCGUUCAAGCCCUAGAAUGCAUUUUCGUCAGCCAACGCACUGUUGUUAAGAAGUUUCCCGACAUGAUUUUUGAGCAGGUGGGCUUCUUUGAUCCUUGUUUCCUCUUCAUUCAGCAUUCACAAUUGUUAAGGAAGCUGAGCAGUGUGGAGAAUUGUGCUUACAACUUCUCCGUCAUUGUGCAUCUCGAUUACCAGCCGUUCGAACUCAGUGGAAGCAGCUUGGCAAGAGUGAAGAUGCAAAUCACGAUGUCCUUGUCAACGUUGGUGUCGAAUGCAACUAGGGAGGGUGUGUGGUUGAAUGAAGACUGCCUGAGAAGGAGUCUCAAGAGUGUCAUCAAAGCACGUCCUGAACCAAUGGUUGCUUUUAUGUAUAAUGUGCUGGACAAGUUGAUCGCUCUGAUUGCAAAUAAACCUUACUCAGGUAAUUUGUACACCUUGAAAAAUAACAAGUCGAAAGCGAGAUCGCAGCUGUGUAAGGAUAUGGCCGCCGAGAAGAACAAGCCUGGCUCCCCGGAAACUCAGAAGCUCUACCAUAUCAUUGGUCUGUUUCCUUUACAGGAUGCGUUUUCGCUUAUGGAUCGUAGCUACGUCAUGGGUCUCGUUCGAGAUUUCAACAGAGAUAUUUCACACAGAAUAAGCUGCAUUGGAGAACCGGCUGCGACGACUUUGAUGUUGUUGAAGUUGGACUUUGUGCGGAUUGUAAGCUCUCAUGAGCACUUUGUCAUUCUGAAUCUCCCAUUUGGCCCACCUCAUAGUGUUCCGACGUCUACAUCAUCGUCAUCGAUUUGUAUAUCGUCUGGCACUGGAAGCUCAGUCACUCAGAUGGCUCUGAGCCCAGAGUCUGGUAGCAUUUCGAGCAGGUCAACAACUACGACAUUAGAUUCAUGGGGAUCGUUAGGAUCGGGCGAGCUGUCAUAUGAGUUUCGCCGUUGUCAUUAUCUUGUUGGACUCGCUUUAGCUGAUCUCGCUGCUGUUCUAGAUUCCUCGAAUAGUUCGGUGUUACAUGCAAGGCGAGCAAAGUUUAUUAUUUUGUGA